AUGUCCGUCGCUCGCUUCGCGCUCCCAGCCAAACGCGUAGCCGUCGUCACAGGCGCCGCGCGCGGAAUCGGCAGAAGCGUCGCGCUUCGCCUCGCCCGCGACGGACACGAUGUCGCGCUUGCCGACCUUCGUGGCAGCGCUAUUGACAAAGUGGCGAAAGAGGUCGAGGCCCUCGGGAGGCGGUCUCUACCGUUGUAUGCGGACGUGACGAGGGAAGAGGACGUGAAGCAGCUCGUCGAUGAUGCUGCGGAGGGCCUGGGUAGUGUUGACAUCAUGGUCGCUAACGCCGGGAUUGUGACCUACGAUACUGUGUUGGACACGAGCCUCGAAAGGUUCCAGGAGGUCAUGGCCGUCAACGCGCAAGGCGUCUUCCUAUGCUACAAGCACGCCGGCUUGAAGAUGGUCGAGCAGGGCCGCGGGGGACGUAUCAUCGGCGCAUGUUCACUUGCGGGGAAAGCCGCGCGACCGGACAACUUCGUCUACUCCGCGACCAAGUUUGCCGUUCGGGGUAUGACGCAGGCAGCAGCGCUGGAGCUAGCUAAGCACAACAUCACCGUGAACGCGUACGCUCCAGGCGCAAUCGACACGAACAUGUUACGUGAGGCGUUCGAGCGCUACAAGGACAUCGAGGCGCAGCUCAAGGCGAUCACACCUGUCGGUCGAGUCGGUGUGCCGGACGAGAUAGCCAGCUGUGUAUCGUGGUUGACAUCUGAGGGCGCCGGCUUCGUUACAGGUCAAGCGAUCAAUGUGAACGGGGGUCUGCACUUCGACUAG